AUGGAAGAGCCGCAGAUGAAGUCAGGGCCCAGGUACGAGAGCAAUCCCCGGAAAGUGAGGUUCAAGCUGGCUUCGUCCUACAGCGGCCGGGUGCUGAAGCAUGUGUACGAGGAUGGCCAGGAGCUGGAGAGUCCUGAGGAGAAGUACCCUCACAGCUUCAUCCACACCAAGACCCCUCAGCACCUGGACGUGGGGCAGCUUUGCGGCUUCGAGGAGAUGCAGGACCAGGGCCUGUACCCGCCCACAGGGCUCAUUGCUCAGAGGAUCAACGUGUACCGGGGAGUCAGUGGCUACAGGCCUCCAGCCUAUGGGAAUGUGCAAGACAGUGAUGAAAAAGCGCCUGUUUUAGACUUUGGAAAGAUCAUCAUCUAUACCAGCAACCUGAAGAUCAUCCGGUCUCCUCAUAGAAAAGGAGAAUCUGGUAGAAGCCAUCAUCGGAGUCGGGGGGAGGGAGGAGAGGCCUCACCAGGCCGGGAGUCCAGGUCCAAAGGAAGACACAAAACAAAAGGUGCCCUUGCAGAAGAACGCAGCCCUACACCCAAACAAAAGGUGUCCAUAAAGGAGGCGACCAGUUGUGAACAGUGUGGAGGGUCAGGCAGUGCCCCUUGUUCCGUGUGCCACGGCAGCAAGUUGUCCAUGUUGGCCAACCGCUUCAACGAGUCCAUCCGUGAGCUGCGCUGUCCUGCCUGCAAUCCUGAUGGUCUGGAGCGGUGCCAGUUGUGUGCCCAGUAACCUGCUGGACUUUGUGCUGUGCUGUACUUUCCUCAAAGGCACUGGUCAGAAAUAAAAGAAACUGUACAUUUGAUGUUGAUGGCAGGGACUGAGAUUGAUAAGAAUGAAUGAAAGUUUAGUGGGACUGACAGACAGCAUAGACUGCAGCCACACUUUCUGACCAUUUUCAAAUACAGGGCAAAAUGAAUGAAAAGGUAAUAAACAGAGA